UUCAUACCGAUAUUGACGCGGGAAAUAUCGUUGGUUGAAUUUUCCAUGGGCAUUUCUUCUCGUUUCUUCCUUCAUCGUUCUUCUUUCCAUUUUCUCUCUCUGCUGUCCAAUUCUACAAUUCACCGAUCUUAUGGAAAAGGAACAUGCAUCCAUGGAUUCUCAAAAUCCUAACCACAAAAAUUCCCUUUACCCAGAAGUUAUAGUUUCUAACCCUGAAGAAUCUUCACCCUUCAUCUCUAACCCUAAUACAACAACCUCUUCCUCUCUCUACCCUUCAAUCGACCACGACAUUGGCGACCUCGUUGAAGAUCUCUUCCCGGACAGCAGAAGCCCCUCCGCUCCACCUAUUGCCGCCGAGGAUGUCCUCAUCAAAGUUCCCGGCGCCAUUCUCCAUCUCAUCGACCAACAAUGCAGCUUCGAGCUUGCAAUUGGCGAUCUCACCAUUAUUCGUCUCCGGCAGGGUCAUACUACCGUUGCUGUUUACGCUCGUGUUGCAAACGAAAUCCAAUGGCCGCUUGCCAAGGACGAGGCUGCCGUGAAAGUCGACGACUCACAUUAUUUCUUCUGCUUCCGUGUUCCGAAGGAAAAGGAGGAUUCGGAUUCGAGUGAUUCCAGCGACGAGGAAAAUAAAAAGCAGAUCCGGAGGAAAGGUAGCCGGAAAGGGAAAGGAGACGACGGUUGGGAUUUGCUCAGCUACGGUUUGACGAUUGCGUCAAAAGGACAGGAGGAUUUGGUGAAGGAGCUUGACGAGGUUUUGAAGGAAUGCAGCAGUUUCUCUAUUCAGGAAGUGUCGGAGAAAGCAAAGAAGAAAGGGGAGGCUUUGGAUGGUUCUCUGGCGAUGGAGAUAUCGCCAGUGGAAAUGGAAACAGUAAAGGAAAAGAAGGAAUUGAUGGAGGAGAGGUGUGCUGCUUAUUGGACUACAUUGGCUCCUAAUGUGGAGGAUUACAAUGGAACCGCUGCGAGGCUCAUUGCCGCCGGUUCUGGACAAUUGGUUAAGGGAAUUUUGUGGUGUGGUGAUGUUACCAUUGAUAGGUUGAAAUGGGGAAAUGAGUUCAUGAAGAAGAGGAUGGGUCCUCCUACACAGGCCGAGAUUAGUCCCCAAACCUUAAGGCGAAUCAAAAGGGCUAAAAAAGUGACUAAAAUGACUGAGAGUGUUGCCACUGGGGUCCUCACUGGAGUUGUGAAGGUAUCUGGGUUUUUCACCAGUUCAGUAGCAAAUUCAAAAGCAGGACAGAAAUUUUUCAAGCUUCUACCGGGCGAAGUUGUGCUUGCAUCGUUGGAUGGAUUCAGCAAACUGUGUGAUGCUGUUGAAGUAGCAGGAAAAAAUGUUAUGUCAACAUCAAACACCGUGACAACCGAGGUUGUUCAUCACAGAUAUGGAGAAGAAGCUGCCAAGGCAACUAGUGAAGGGCUAGAUGCUGCUGGUCACGCUGUAGGGACUGCAUGGGCUGCUUUUAAAAUUCGUCAGGCUUUCAAUCCUAAAAGUGUUCUAAAACCUUCCGCCUUGGCCAAGUCUGCAGCUAAAGUUGCUGCUGAUUAUAAGGCUAAAAAAUCCAAGUAACUUAAGGUAGGAGUUCUUCAAUUAAGGUCUGAUCGUCUUUCUAACACGCAACACAACGGCCACUGUUACUCAUUACCCACUGGUGACGGCUUCUCUUAGACAGGUAGAAACAGUGUAUUGUAUAUAGUAUUAAUAUUAUAGGUGGAAACAUUGAUGCAAUGGUUUGAUCAUUUCUCUUCACAAUACAUACACAUGUGUGUAUCUAUGGCAGUUGUAUUGGUUGCUUUCGUGGCAAGAAAUACACUUGAAAUUAAUGAAAUCCACUUCUAAUUUUUGUCUCCA